CAUGCAUGGGUAACAAUUAACAUGGUUUUCUGCUUAGUGUGCGAUGGAAAGCGGGCGCGGGUAGACGCUCUGGAAAUACCUAUAGAUUAUUUUCUUUAUAUUAUUCGGCACGUAUUAUCAUUUCCGUAUAUUAGUGGCGAGAAUAUUUUGAAAAAUGAAUUACUACUUGCAAGAUUCACCGCUAGCUUGCGCGGAACUAACCAAAGACAAGAUGGCGCAAUGGAUGGAAGGGCAGAGGAAGGCGGAGAAACUAGACAAUUUAGACGUCUUCGGAAAAGCAACAGAUAAACAACUCAAAGACCUGAAUGGCGUCAGGAAAUUGAGCAAGGAAUUACAGGAGAAUUUACAAGACUUAGAAAACUCAGUGCAUACACCCGAAACGGACAACCAAGCCAUGAACCCAACCGCACCCAUCUUGAACUACUCGGAAGACCACGAGUUCGUCUCCGCGAACCAGUUGGAUGAUUACUAUGCUCAGGAGGAUCUAAUGGACACGAAGGAGGCGGAGAAACAGAGGCUAACAAAGGGUAAAGCGUCCAGAACAGACGUUCAGAGGUUUUACAAGGAUCAGUGUGUGUUUUUGACGGGUGGUACCGGGUUUUUGGGGAAAGUUUUGAUUGAAAAGCUGUUGAGGUCCUGUGGUGAUAUUGACACGCUAUUCGUUUUGGUCAGACCGAAGAAAGGCAAGGAUCCCAUUUCAAGACUCCAUGAUAUGUUGGAUGAAUUCUUAUUCCAUAGAGCUCACGAAGAAAAUCCAAAAGGCAUUCAUAAAGUGGUACCCGUUAUCGGCGACAUGGAGAUGCCUGGGAUCGGUCUUAGCGAUGAGGACAGGAAAAUGCUUACGUCAAAGGUGACAAUAAUAAUAAACGCAGCCGCCACAGUCAAGUUCGACGAGAAGCUGUCAUUAGCUACUGGUAUCAAUGUCAGAGGUACCAAGGAAGUGCUCAAACUGGCGAAAGAAUGCAGGAAUCUGAAGGCAAUAACUCAUGUCUCGACCGCAUUCUCGAAUACGCAUUUGCCGUAUAUUGAAGAGAAAUUCUAUGAUCCACCGAUGUCCGUGGAAGCUUUAGAGGCUGUAUCUCAGCUAGAUGACAAUCUCAUUGAAUCUAUUUUGCCCACCAUCCUUGGUAAUCGCCCAAAUACCUACUGCUUCACAAAAGCGAUCGCGGAAGAAGCUGUAAGGAUAUACGGGGAGGGGUUGCCCAUUUGUAUCAUGCGACCUUCAAUCGUCGUGUCGACUUACGACGAGCCUGUGAGAGGAUGGACUGACAGCGUGUAUGGGCCCACUGGACUAGUGGUGGGAAUUGGCACUGGGGUUCUGCGCACCAUGUACAUGGAUGUGACGAAGACUGCCGAUAUGGUGCCUGUAGACCUUUGCGUGAACGCCAUCAUAGUCUCCGCUUACCACACAGCCAUGAAAUAUAAAGAAAACCAAACAUCAGACAUACCGAUCUACAACUACGUGUCUGGUGCCCAGACUCCGGUCACGUGGGGCGAGUUUAUUGAAUACAACAGGAGGUUCGGAAUUGUGAUACCCACCAUGAAAGCAGUGUGGUACUACGGACUGAACCCCACGAAUAAUUACUAUCUGUUCCUGUUCUACAACUUCUUCCUGCACUACCUGCCAGCACUGCUCAUCGACACUUUCUGUGCCUUGACGGGGAGAAGACGGGCGAUGUUAAAAUUCUACAAGAAGUUGACAAAGAUGGCUAACAUCCUAUUCUACUUCUCCGUCCAAGACUGGAAAUUCAGUGAUCAGCAUGUGCAGGAGAUGUGGCGGUCUCUCUCUAGCUCAGACCAGACCGUGUUUCCUUUCAACAUCGGCGAUAUGUCCUGGGAGUAUAUGACUGAGACUUUCUUAGCAGGUUUACGAGUGUACCUGAUUAACGAUGACAUUUCUACAUUACCAGAAGCGAAGAAAAAGUGGAACAGAUUAUACUACCUUCACCAGCUCGUGAAGAUCAGCGCUUUCAGUUUAGUCAUAUUCUUAGGUUAUUUAUUAGUAAAGGGUUUACUCUAUAUUUUCGGAUUAUAGUUUAAUUAGUUAAAAAAAAAUGUUGCACCUUUAGAAAGUCAAUCAUUUUGUUCUAAAUAAAUUAGACAUAACGCUAGAUCGCAUAAAGUAGGUACCUUUAUGCUCGACGACUUCAGUAGAGUAUGAAACAUGGCACACCGCUUGCGUAAAGUGUGGACCUAUGCGUAACCCGGUGUUUUAGGGGUUUACGCGCGUCACGACGCACGUGUCACAUGUACGCAAUUGGUGUGAAUCGGCCUUAAAUCUCAAAACGCAAAGAAUUGCCAAAUUGAAAAAUCGAGAUUGUGGAUAGGGUCACUGGUAAGUAGUUUUCUUAGUUGAGGAUGUCGUUCGGGUAUGUAGGCUGGCUCGUCGGCAAACAUCAAGGGCGUCAUCUCACUGUAAAGCCUGACGAGAAAAAUGAAGUACCUCGCCAUCACUCGUCAUAUACG